CCCCGUACCUAUAGUUUUUUGUUCCGGUACAACACGUCAAAACAUGGCGUGACAUUUUGAGUAUUUCUGUCGUUUUUGUGUAUUUUUGGAGAAAAUGUUAAGAUUUAGUGAAAUACUUCACGUAUCGUUUAUUUUAUUAUUUAUUUUGCUACUUUCUGCUCUGUGUGUGACAGCAGAAGAUAAUGACGAGUCAGCGGAGGACACGGUGUCUGACUUGGAGAACAAGCCCAGGUUCGUGGAGCUGGGAGACCUGGACUCUCUGCCUAAAAGGCAGUUCAAACGAGCGGAGAUCGCAGAUGCUGUGAUGGGGACAGAAACUACGAUUCAUCCGUCUGAGGUUGCACAUCUGUUUCCAAAGAACGGGAAGGAGAUCCAGGCCAGCUUCUCGCCUCCUUGUGAUGAGAGCAGUGCUCRGUGUGACUCACCUGUAGAAGAGCAGGAGUCACAAACAGCACAGCAGGUUGGUCUGGAGGUGGUGUCUGCAGACGCAGCAGCUGAGGAGCAGAACGCCACAGAAACCUCUAAGACUUACAAAGUGAGCUGUGACAAGAGGAACACAACAGGAGUGGAAAAGUUCACAGUGCAGGUCCUCAACGCUUCACAGGACCUGAUGGAGUUCCUUAACGCCAACAGCACAGAGUGCUCCGUGGUCCUCUUCUUCACAGCUUGGUGCCAGUUCUCAGCCAACCUGGCGCCUCACUUCAACGCCCUGCCUCGUGUCUUUCCCAGCAUGCACUUCCUGGCUCUGGAUGCCUCGCAGCACAGCAGUCUCUCCACCAGGUUUGGGACCGUGGCGGUCCCUAACAUCCUGCUGUUCCAGGGGGCCAAACCCAUGGCUCGCUUCAACCACACAGACAGAAGUCUGGAGACGCUCACCUCCUUCAUCACCAACCAGACAGGGUUUGAAGCUGUCCCCUAUAGAAAUGUGACAGAUGAAGACCGCCUCGGACCCCUCCCCAGUGUCCCAGUAAAGGGCAUUGACUGGCUCCUGGUCUUCUCCAUCCUCUUCAUCACUGGGUUCAUGCUCUACGCCGUCCUAAGAGCAGACAACAUGCGAUGGCUCCUACCUGGACAGGAACACGAGCAUCAGGACUGAAAACUGGUCAGAUUUCAAGAAGGAUGGGACGAUUUUAGAAAUGUCUAAUCGACCUGUGUUGUAGGUGUUUGAAAUAAAAUAUUUGAAGGGUUGUGAUUUGAAAAA